AUGGCCGCUCAACUCCCGAGUGAUUUCGUCUGGGGCUAUGCCACAGCCAGUUACCAGAUCGAAGGUUCUGCAUCUACUGGAGGCCGUGGGCCGUCGAUAUGGGAUACUUUUUGCAAGAUCCCGGGAAAGAUACGCGAUGGCUCUAGUGGUGAUGUUUCUACCGAUUCGUACCGACUCUGGAAGGAAGAUGUGGCUCUGUUAAAGUCCUAUGGUGUCAACGCAUAUCGCUUCUCUUUGUCAUGGUCCAGGAUAAUCCCACUCGGUGGAAGGGAUGAUCCGGUGAACGAGGAAGGUAUCGCCUUUUACAAGGGUCUUAUCCAAGAAUUGCUGGACAACGGUAUCACUCCUUACGUGACACUUUAUCACUGGGAUUUGCCGCAAGGCCUACACGAUCGAUACGGAGGGUGGCUUAACAAAACCGAGAUUGUACAGGACUACGUAAAUUAUGCCAAGGUCUGCUUCACCGCUUUCGGAGACCUCGUCCAGAACUGGAUCACACACAAUGAGCCUUGGUGUAUAUCCUGCCUUGGUUACCAGAAAGGAGUGUUCGCACCGGGCCACAAGAGCAAUACUGAGCCAUGGAUUGUUGCUCACAAUCUAAUUCUGGCUCAUGCGUAUGCAGUCAAGCUAUACAGGGAUAGCUUCAAGGCUUCACAGGGCGGCCAAAUUGGGAUUACUUUGGAUUGCCACUGGCUCAUGCCAUACGACGACUCCCCCGAGAAUACCGAAGCGGUCCAACGUGGCCUCGCCUUCAAACUUGGCCGUUUUGCGGGCCCUAUUUAUGAAGGCGCGUAUCCUUCCAGAGUUAAGGAGAAAAUUGGGGAUCGCCUUCCCGAAUUUACGGCGGAUGAGAUUGCGGUCGUGAAGGGGUCUUCAGACUUCUUUGGACUUAAUACGUACACGUCUCAAAUAGUUCAGGAUGGCGGAGAUGACGAGACAAGUGGUUAUGUCAAGAUUGGUCAUACUCGCGCAGACGGAACCCAGCUAGGAACCCAAGCUCACGUAGCCUGGCUUCAGUCCUACCCUCCUGGGUUCCGGAAGCUUCUAAAUUACCUCUGGGAGACCUACAAGAAGCCCAUCUAUAUAACCGAGAAUGGCUUCGCAGCAAAGAACGAGAACAUCCUACCACUCGAGGUGGUACUGCAUGACAAAGACCGCGUGGAAUAUUUCGAGGGCUAUGCUAACGCGAUGUUGGAAGCGGUUCACGAAGAUGGGGUGUCCGUGAAAGGAUAUUUUGGAUGGAGCUUGCUUGACAAUUUUGAAUGGGCGGAUGGAUACGAGACUCGAUUCGGAGUCACAUAUGUCGACUACGCUACGCAGAAGAGAUACCCAAAGGAUUCCGCGCGUGCGCUCCAGAAGUGGUUCACGGAGCAUAUUGCGGCGUAA